AUAGUUCAUCAUAACAGCCCACGGAGUUAACCAAACAACAAUCAUGAAUACCUCAGUGUAUCUACUGGUCCUAGGCCUUCUAGGAUUAUCUCUGGGUAUUAUGGGUCUGCCGGUCGAAGACUCUUUCGAUCUUCAGGACUCCUAUUCAUCUGGACGGUACAACCCUCAGGACUUCUACUCCUCCUGGCGUGUCCCCCAAGAGUCUGCUGGACGUAUAGUGGGCGGUUGGGAGGCGCCCGAGGCUUCUGCCCCUCACAUGGUGGGACUUAUCAUCGGCGUCAGUGUUAAGAGCUUCGUCUGUGGGGGGUUUGUGGCUAAGCCUGAUGUUGUCUUGACUGCAGCGCAUUGCAUUGACGCGGUAUUAUCGUGGUGGACGGGAGAGCUAGUAGAGACUUUCCGCGGUCAGAUCGGAAGCAACGCUUUAAGCCACGGAUACGUCGAGAUCCGUUUCUCAGGACACCUGAAUCAUCCGGCCUGGGACCGCGUGAACAUCAAGAACGAUGUGGGUGCUCUAUGGCUGACUGAGGCGUUGCCGAAGAAUUCUCCUGCAAGACCAAUUGCGCUGAGCUUCAGAUGGAUUGGAGGAGGCGAGCGUCUGACUGUUACGGGCUGGGGAAGACUUUCGGAUGAUGUGCUAGUCGUCGACCCUGGAAAUCCUGGAAGCUAUAACACGGCUUGGGGAGCGCUGCCCGAUCGUCUGCAAAAGCUGCAAGUAUACUCUCUGACUCAUGCCGAGUGCAAGGAAGAAAUGCAGAGAGCUAGCGACGAGCUCGGUUCCGCCGCUCCGGGCGUAGCUGAGAACAUUGAGAUCUGUACGACGCACCCGCUUGGCGCUGGGCAGGGCAUGUGCAAUGGUGACUCAGGCAGCGCUCUAUGGUUGGACAAGAAAAGCAAAACGAAGUGUGUUAAGGGAAAUUGUGAGAAGUGUAACAAGUGGGAAAACUGCGAGAAGGAAAAGUGUGAAGGAGUUAAGAGGGUAGUGGUAGGUGUGGUGUCCUGGGGUUUCCCGUGCGCGCGUGGGUACCCCGACGCUCACGCCAGAAUUAGUGGGUUCAAGGACUUCUUGGUGUCCAACCUGAGGUUGUCAGCUGAUGAAUACGAGGAAUAGAACUGUAAUUUCUAUUCUCUUUGGCAAUUAUUAUUGCCAUCUUGAUAGCGGGGUGUUACUUUCCUGUUUUUUCUUUCCAGUAACUAGUCAAUUUUGUUCGUUGCUUUGAUUUGUUUCGUAAGCCCCGACGCAAAGAGCGGUGUUGUGUGAAUGAUAUGUUUGAAGCCAAUAUCUGUAUGUCGGUCUGUCGGUGGCAUCGUAGCUUAACGGAUGGACCGAUUUCGAUACGCUUCUUUUAAGUGAAAGCUAUUUAUUUUUUUAAAUUUAGUAGUUAUUGUUCAUGCAAUUAAAUAAAAAAAUUGGUAAGAGAAAUGUAUUUUUAAUUUUUAUUUUAACCAAUAAUCAUAAAGCUGUUAAUGUUUUGAAGAUGAUAAAAACAGAAAAAAAGAAUGCGCAGGAUACCUAUCCUAUCAGGCUAUCAGGUAUGAUUGUAGUACACACAAGUGCUAUUAAAAACCAUUUCCACCAUUUCAUUAAGCCAAUAAGGUCCUUAUUGUAACGCCAUUCGUGAGUAUCCAGUGAUCUACGAGAUCCUACGAGACGACACCGAUCUGUUAGGACUCCUCUACACGAUGGCCCAGCGUAGGCCAGUUUAAGGGACGCAGCUAUGCAGUGGAAUGAGAUAGCAAUAUCACUUGCUCCCUCUAACGCAUGAAAACGUCCCUUGGACUGGCCUACGCUGGGCCAUCGUGUAGAGGAGCCCUUACA